GCUUAGCAGUUAGCGUUAGGGGUAAAUAUUAUUCCAAACUGGUAACCCUGGUCAACGCUAAUCGAACGAGGUGUUUCGUAAAUAAUAAUAAAAAAUUCUAAGUUCAUGUUUAUUUUUUCGACUUUAGUUAUUGGAAUUAUUAAAUUUCAAUGUCCUUAAUUAAGAAAACUAGAAAUGAUGCAAUUAAGGCUGCUGUUAAUUCCUAUUUAGAGCGAAGAAACUAUCCGGACGUGGAUGUGUUUAGCAACAAUUCCCACAUUCAAAGUGCUGAACAAAUGGCUGUGGCAACUAUUGUGCAGUGUGAAGCCAGUCGCGCCAACUCAAUUUUAUUUUCCUGCAUCAAUAAUGAUUCCGGACAAUACGAUGUUCAAUAUACAAGAUUGGUCAAUUUCAUAAAAGAUAUAAAAAUAGAGAAAGUAAAAAAUGAACUUCUCGGGUUAUUAAGCCCUUUGCUAUGUCACAUGUACUUGGAAAUGUUACGCGGUGGGCAUGGAGGAGCAGCUCAAAUGUUUCUAAAAAGACAUUCAGCAACAUUGCCUCAAAAAGAUUUAUCCUAUCACCAACCAAUUGAUGGUAACUUGCCAUCUGCCUUGUACAGACCCAACAGCCUUGAGCAACUCUUCAACUCACUACAAAAUGGUACCAUAGAUAAUGAAACUCCAGAAAAAGAUUACAUGAACCAAAUAUUGGAUGAUAUUGCAUCUAUAUACACUUUACAGGAAAUUGAAACUAGGCCAACUAUAGCUGCUUUCAGAUCUUGCAAAUAUGACAUAUACUUAUCACAGGAUGCACUUAAUUUAUUAAAAGCAUAUCUGGCUAAACAUGGACAUGUGCUACUAAUACAAGUUUUACAGACUUGGUUUCAUAUUGACAUAAACAAUGACACUAACAAGAAGAAUUCAGAAGAUGAAGAGGAAAUGGAAGAAGAAGUGAAUGUUACUAGAAAUGAUUUUGAUGAUAGAGCAAUGGAUGCAAAUGAUGUAUUUGCAAAAUGCAAUGGACAUGCAGAAUAUCAAAGUGUUGACAAAGAACUGAGAGAUCUACAAGAUGCAAUAAAAGGAGUGAGGGAAUCAAUGGCACCUCUUAAACUGUACAAAAUAUCUGCACCUGAUACUCAAUUAGUAUGUGCAAAAACAGAUCCCAACUGCAACAUAUUGUGUGGAGGAUUUAGCAAUUCAGAGGUAAGAUUAUGGGAUCUUGGACAAAACAAUGUCAAAAGGAGAGUCAAUCGCAAUAUAUCAGAAUUUGAACUAGCAUGUUACAUGCAACCGGAACCCUCACCAGAUGACAACACUUUACAAAUUGGUGCUGGCUUGCCAUUAAGAGGUCAUUCAGGUCCUGUUCAAGAUGUUUGUGUGCUUCCUCGAGAAGAACUGAUUUUAUCAGCCUCAUAUGACAAUACAAUGAGAGCCUGGAGGCUUUCUGAUUAUUCAUGCGCUGCACUGUAUAGAGGUCACAACUAUCCUAUUUGGUGCAUGGACGUGUCGAAAAGUGGACUUUUUGUUGUAACCGGUUCUAAUGAUCGAACUGCUAAGCUUUGGUCGUUGAAUAGAACAUUUCCCGUAAGAGUAUUUGUUGGACAUUUAUCGGAUGUAACGUGUGUGAAGUUCCAUCCAAAUGAGGUGUACAUUGCUACAGGCGGAGCUGAUCGAAGUGUACGUUUAUGGAGUGUUUGUGAUGCACGUUUGAUGCGUGUUCUUUGUGGUCACAGAGGUGUAGUGAGAACACUUGCUUUUGCUCCUUCAGGAUCAUACUUAGCCAGUGCUGGUGAUGAUAAAAAAAUUAAAGUUUGGGACUUGGCUGCUUGCACAUGUGUGCAUGAAUAUCGAGGACAUCAUGGCAAAGUGACUGCACUUGACUGGUCAGCAAUAGGAAAAUCUAGCUUAACAAACAGAAUGGUGCCAGAUCCAAGUGACCUACCUACAGAAAACUCGCUACUAUGUUCUGCAGGCAUGGAUGGCAUUGUUAAAGUAGUUUGCGACAGCUAUUCAAAAAAUAAGCAAAUGUCUAAUCAAGAAGUCUUAUCCUCCACAUACAACACCAAAUGCACAUAUUUAGUUGAUGUGCAGGUUCAUCCUGAGUGGGUGGUUGCCAUUGGGACCAAAAGAUAAAAAAACAUCACCACUAGCUUUUGUAAUUAGAUACAAAGUAAUAAAAAAAAAAUUUAAACAAA